GUUGUGUCCAAACCAAAGAUCUGACUGAUGAACCGAUACAGCUCAGGAUGACCAGAAGAGACCAGCGCCGACGCCAGGGUUCAUGUUUUUACUGUGGCGACUGUUCCUUCUUCUUGGAGAUCACCCAAAUCUGAGGGAUCAAUGGACAAGAAUGGCGUACCAGUACCCUUCAUCAGGUUUCCCGGGAUUUCCAGGCUAUCCAGGAGGUGAUGCUUCAUAUCCUCCUGGGCAACAGGCAUUUCCUGGUGGGCAGUAUCCUCCUGGAGGUGCCUUCCCACCUGCUGCUGGUGGAGGAUACCCUCAAGCAGGUGGUUUUCCAGCUCCUGGUGGCUUUCCUGGGGCAGUGCCAAGCUAUCCUGGAGCUCCUGGAUUUGGAACACCAGGUCAAGGUCCAGGAUAUGGAGCUCCGCCUGGUGCUCCAGGCUACGGAGCACCACAGGGUGUUCCUGGGUAUGGUGGUCCUGGUUUUGGAGCACCUGCAGCUGGAGGGUAUGGAGCACCUGCACCUGGGGGGUAUGGAGCACCUGCACCUGGAGGGUAUGGAGCACCUGCACCUGGGGGGUAUGGAGCACCUGCAGCUGGAGGGUAUGGAGCACCUGCAGCUGGCGGCUUUGGGGCACCUCCAGGUGGCGCACCAGGCUAUGGAGGAUAUCAGCAGCCUUCUACUCAGAGUUAUGGAGGUGGAGGACCAGGUCAAGCCCCAGGUGGAUUUCCAUCCGGACCAGCACCUGGACAACAACCUGCGGUUAGUGUUCAGUCUCAGCCUUUUGCUGCUGCAAUGACUGCCACUCAGGGAACCAUCAGAGCUUCUGCCAAUUUUGAUGCACUCGCCGAUGCCGAAAAACUCAGAAAGGCCAUGAAGGGAUUUGGAACUGAUGAACAAACCGUAAUUGAUGUCAUUGCUAACCGUUCUAAUGAUCAAAGACAGAAGAUUAAGGCGGCAUUUAAAACCGCAUAUGGAAAGGAUUUGAUUAAAGAUUUGAAGUCUGAGCUCAGUGGCCAUGUUGAAGAUCUCAUCGUCGCCCUCUUUAUGCCUCCAACGUAUUACGAUGCCUAUUGCGUGUACAAUGCCAUGAAGGGUGCCGGAACAAAAGAAGGUGUGCUCAUUGAGAUUCUGUGCAGCAGAACGAACGUUGAAAUUAGGAACAUUGUUGCAUGCUACAAGUCCGAGUUUGGUCGAGACAUUGAGAAGGAUAUCCGGUCUGAUACCUCUGGUCAUUUUGAGAGGCUUCUUGUGUCUAUGUGUCAGGCAAAUCGAGAUGAAAGUACGAAUGUUAACAUGCAACAAGUUGAACAAGAUGCCCAGCGUCUGUACCAAGCUGGUGAAGGAAAACUGGGAACAGACGAGUCUUCCUUUAAUUUGGUGCUGGCCAGUCGCAGCUUCCCACAUUUGAAGGCUGUGACAGAAGCAUAUGCCAGAUUGUCCAAGCGCGACUUAAUAAGUGCCAUAGGAAGAGAAUUUUCUGGCCAUAUAGAAGAUGGAUUGAAGGCAAUUUUGCAGUGUGCUAUAAACCGUCCAGCCUAUUUUGCUGAGAGACUUUACAAGUCCAUGAAAGGAGCAGGUACCAAAGACUCCACUUUAAUCAGGGUGAUCGUAACCCGCAGUGAGAUUGACCUUGUGCAGGUAAAACAAGCCUUUGUGCAAAUGUACCAGAAGAGCGUUGCCUCCAUGAUACAAAGUGAUACGAGUGGAGACUACAGAAAGCUGCUGCUUGCCAUUGCUGGUCAAUAGGAUCCGUCCAGUGAAUGCAGUGUGCUGGGGUAUAUGUGUUCCACGUGGUUAAUAUGGUUCUGCAGGUGUCUGUACAGGAGGGAGGGGAUUGUGUUCUUUUUUUUUUUUGGCGUCUUUGUUACCCAUCAAACAAUCAUGAAACCACUUCUCCUGGGAUUUGCUCCACCUUGUGUAUUGCCAGGAAACUUUAGACGCAUUAGUCAUUUUAGUACUUUUUUCCUUUGAAAAAUAUAUUACACUUUGUACUUAAAAACGACAAUGAUGUUGUUAUAGGUAUUUCCAUACUCGGCAUAAUUCACAUGAAACCUGCAUAUAGCAUGAAUAAAAUUUAAUCCUUUUUGUUUUCUACCUACA